GCUCUCAUGGCGGGACCGACCACACAAGAGCCCUUGAAGACCCAGCAGAAGUGCAUCGCCAUCUUUGCCCUUCUCUGCUGCUUUGCUGUGCUGGUGGCACUGAUCUUUUCAUCAGUCGACAUUUGGGGGGACGAUGAGGAUGGUAUCACAGAGGAAAACUGUAGCAGAGAUUGCCGCAUCAAUCUCGUGGAGAAUAUUCCAGACGACCUCUCCCUCCCCGUGGAUGGCAGACACCACCUCUCUCUCUCUGUUGGCUUUCAAACACUGUUGGACCAGGCUAAGCACUCGGUUGAGGUAGUGUCACCUGUCUGGGACUUAAACCCCUGGGACCUGGAGACAAUGCCAAGCACUGCCAAACAGGGUCAGCUUUUGUUCCAGAGACUGCUCAGCCUGAAAUCUCGUGGGGUUAAACUGAAGAUUGCCAGCAGUCUGACUAACUCUGCUGAACUGAAGACCUUGGCAGCACACACUGCAGUGGUUCAUUUUAUUAAUAUGACAGCUUUUACCAGAGGAGGACUACAUUCCUCAUUCUGGAUAGUGGAUCGGAAGCACAUUUACAUCGGGAGCGCCGAUAUGGAUUGGAGGUCACUCUCCAAGAGGAAAGAACUGGGGGUGGUGGUGUUUAACUGCAGCUGCCUGGCUCUGGACCUCCACCGAGUCUUUUCAUUUUACUGGCAGCUUCACGAGAGGGACUACAUCCCCUCCAUCUGGUCGAAGAGAGUUACAGCCCUCUACGGGAGGCACGACGCCCUGGAGCUGCAGCUCAACACGACCCAGGCUACUGCUUAUGUGUCUACCUCUCCUGAACUCUUCUGCUCUAAAGAUCGCACCAGAGAUGUAGAUGCCAUUUAUCAAGUCAUCCAAAGUGCAAAGAAAUUUAUCUUCAUAUCCGUGACAGACUACCUCCCUCUGGUCAACAGGCGUUUCAGAGGAACCUCAGUCACAAGGUACUGGUCGGCUAUUGAUGAGGUGAUCAGAGAGGCGGUGGUUCUGAGAGGAGUCAGAGUCCGCCUGCUGAUAAGCUUCUGGAAGAAGACUCACCCUCUCACCUUUAACUUCGUCGCCUCCCUCAAGUCGCUCUGCAUGCAGAUGCUCAACUGUUCACUAGAGGUGAGGUUUUUUAGUCACAAGGAGCAAAAGGAUGAUAUUCAACAUGGCCUCAACCACAACAAGUACAUGGUGACCGAUAAUGCUGUCUACAUCGGUAACCAUGACUGGGUUGGCAGUGACUUUGCCAUUAAUGCAGGAGUUGGCCUGGUGGUUCAGAUGAAAAAUAGUCUUCAAGACAGGGAAGUGACAAUCCUGGAACAUGUCAAGGCUGCCUUCGAAAGAGACUGGAGGUCACGUUAUGCUAAGAGUCUGCAAGGAAACAAAGAUCAACAGGGAAAAUACAGAAACCUGCAACAAGCAAAAAAUGAAAAUGAGUGGAACAACCCUUUAUCUUUAUAAGCACAGAAUGUCUUUCUAUAUCCUAAAGUCUCAAAAGCCUGAAUACUCUAGAUUAUAUAACAUAUUUACACAGUAUGAGAAUGUGACUUGACUUUAAUUUUGUGAUGUUAUUUUAAUAGAUUAAAUUACAAUCAAUAAUGACAAUGUUGAGCUAAUAAUUUAAUGCACCACAGUUGCAAGUUACAGUAAUAGUAUCUGAUUGCCUAAUUAAUUGUUAAUUGACUGUUAUAUAAGCAUGUUAUGCUGCAUGAAUAUUGAAAUCAAUAUUCAAAUUCAAACUAUAUACUUGGACAAGCAAUAUGCUAAUUAUCAAAUACACUCUAUGUUACACAUAUUUAAAUCCAUAAACAUAUCCUGUCAAACUCACCACAACAAAUCAAAUUUAGCAUUUAUUAAUGAUACACUAUUUUUG